AAAAGCUUACAGCAGUAGUUGCGGUUCAGCUCUGGUGGAGUGAAGAGAUGUGCGUUUUUCUUCCUCUUCAAAAUUCGUGACUGUGGUUUUGAGAAGAAGAAAACAUUGUUUUUUUUUUAAACAAAAAUAACUAACGAGUGACAAGGAGAUGGCGUGGUUUAAGUCUUUGUUCAGCAGUUCCUCGAGUACAACUGACCAGGGUGUGGUUAUCCCAAACAAGAAGGGUUUAAUUCCUGACCUGGCCAACAAACCAAUAUUCAUUACAGGAUGCGACUCAGGAUUCGGUCACAGGUUGGCCUUGACCCUGAACGCCAUGGGCGUCCCUGUCUACGCGGGUGUUUUGAGCGAAAAGUCGGAAGGAGCCGAGGCUCUUGGUGCCCACGGCUGCAAAAUCGUCAAGAUCGACAUCACCAAAGAAAAGGACGUGGAGAAAGCGGUCAAAUUCGUCGCCAAAGAUUUGGGAGAAAAAAAGCUGCACGCGCUCAUGAAUAACGCGGGCAUCGCCGAGGUCGGACAAGUCGAGUGGUGCGACAUCAGCGUCUACUCUAAAGUGCUGCAGGUCAACACGCUGGGCACGGUCAGGGUAACCCAAGCGUUUUUGCCCUUGAUUCGAUCCACCAAAGGGUCUCGGAUCGUUUUCACGGCGUCGGUGGCAGGUAGAUACACCCUGCCGGGAUUUUCAGCCUACAGCAUGUCAAAGCACGCCCUGAUUUCCUUUGCUGACGCUCUGAGAAAGGAGAUGAAACCGUUCAAAGUUUCCGUCCACACAAUUCAACCAACCGCUUACACAACUGCCUUAUGCUCGGCCGAGACGAUCGACAGUUCGAUGCAGAAGAAAUGGGACGGCGUCGACCAGGAAAUCAAAGAAUCCUACGGAGAAAGCUAUUUCCAAGCAUUUAAAGCCAUGUAUUUGAAAGGAGUGAACGAAUUCUCGAGGAAAAACAUCAACGAAGUGGUCGAGGAAAUGAUCCACGCGCUGCUCGGGAAAAAUCCCAAGAUUACGUACAUCCCUACUUCGUCAAUCAAGUUCCGAGUGAAUUUGCUGACGAUGAUUUCCACAGCGAGCCAGGACAAGAUUUUGUGUAAACGGGCUAUUCCCAGCAACGUAUUUCCAGCAAGUCUUACUAACAAGAUUGACGUUUGAAAGAUCGGGACGAAAAUCAAACAAGCUCCCAAAAAUCCUACUUAAAAGUAUAUUUAGCAAUACUGUUGGAAAUGGACAAUUAUUAUUUAAUUUUAUUACAUUACGUUUAUCACAAAACGAUGGUAAAAAUAUGUCAUUUUUGACUUAAUCAAUUUAAAUAACUAAUUUCACACUAAAUUAAAUAAAUGAAGUUAAG